UUAAACUCAAAAGAAAGAAAAAAUUUAGUUUGCAAAAUGCUUAUGGUUUCUCUCAAAACCUGGGAUUCUGAGAAAAUGCAACACCUCUCCUUCUUCUCUUCCUCCGAAGAUGAACCCUACUUUGAUCUCUCAUGAAUCUUGAGCAUUUGUUUUCAAAGAUCCUUUUAUUACAUUCAAACUCUCUCACAGAGAGAGAGAGAGAGAGAGAGAGAGAGAGAGAGAGAGAGAGAGAGAGAGAGAGAGAGCGCAAGAUGAGCUUCCUUCAGAUCUACCUUCUCUGCUCAAGAUCCAGCCCUUGAUCUCGGAGCUCAAGUGAAGGAAAAGAAAGGUAGACUUUUUUUUUGUGUGACAAUGUUGAAGCAGUUCUUGAGCAAACUUCCAAAGAAAUCGACGAGGAUAGACCAGUUCCAUACUUCUGGCAUUGAUUCCAACAACCAGAGCUCCAGCCAUGGAAUUGCCACUCAAUGUACAAACGUAGGAAACGUCCUUACAAGCAGAUUAAGCGUCGUUAAGAGGGUUUCUUCUGCUGUUUUUCCGGCCAGCAUCAUGGGCGGAUCGGAUUCGGUUGACCCGUCUUUGUCUUUCAAAGACAUUUCCAGCCCUCAGAGACAGAACCUGUUCAUCAGUAAGUUGAACUUCUGCUGUCAAGACGUGGACAGCAUGAGCUCGGAAGACGUUAAACGUCAAGUUCUUGCCGAGCUCGUGGAUUUUGUUUCGUCUGGUCUGGCAAAGUUCAGCGAGCAAGCCAUUGCCGCCACUUGUAGAAUGUGUGCAGCUAAUCUCUUUAGGGUUUUCCCUCCCAAAAUUCGAUGUUCUUCCACUGGUGGUGAAGGUGAGGAUGAUGAGCCGGUUUUCGAUCCCGCUUGGUCGAGUUUACAGAUCGUGUACGAUAUUCUCCUCCGGUUUGUCAGUUAUAACUCUCUCGAUGUAAAGGUGGCAAAGAAAUAUGUCGACCAUUCUUUUAUUCAGAAACUGCUCGAUCUCUUCGAUUCUGAUGACCCUCGGGAGAGAGACUGCUUGAAGACAAUUCUGCAUAGGGUUUACGGAAAGUUCAUGAUUCAUCGACCCUUUAUCAGAAAAACAGUCAGCAAUAUAAUAUACCGUUUCGUCUUUGAGACCCAGCACUAUAACGGUAUAGCUGAACUGUUGGAGAUAUUUGGGAGUAUCAUUUCCGGGUUUGCGUUGCCAUUGAAGGAAGAGCACAAGAUAUUUCUCCGGAGGGCUUUGAUCCCUCUGCACAAGCCGAGAUCCGUAGGCGUGUAUCAUCAACAGUUAACACAUUGUGUUGUACAGUUUAUCGAUAAGGAUCCGAAGUUGACGGGCGAUGUCGUUAACGGGCUGUUGAAGUAUUGGCCCGUGACGAAUAGCCAGAAGGAGUUGAUGUUUAUCAGUGAGUUGGAAGAGAUUCUUGAAAUGACAUGCAUGGAGGAGUUCCAAAUCUUCAUGGUGCCUCUGUUUAAACGUAUCGGAUGCUGCCUCAAUAGCUACCAUUACCAGGUAGCAGAAAGGGCGCAUUUGCUAUGGAACAACGAACACGUCCUAAACCUCGUGACGAACAACCGGGAACUGAUCUUGCCUCUCGUGUUCUCAGCUCUCGAGCAAAACAUCCGAAACCACUGGAACAGAGCCGUGCUUAGCCUGACACAGAACCUGAAGAAGAUGUUGUCUGAAAUGGACGAAGAACUCGUUACCGAAUGUCAGAACAAACUAGAAGAGGAAAGCAAGAGGGUAACUUCAAAUGCCGAGAAACGAGAAUCCGCAUGGCGGGUUCUUGAAACUGCCGCUAGCAACUUCAACGCUCCCGAAGCUUCUCCGCCUUUGAAACUCGCCUCGUGUGCCAUCGUGGCCUGCUAGUUAAUUACGGGUCGGAGAUUUCUUCAGAUCGGAUAUGGCGGAAAUGUGAGGAAUCAUCAGUAACUUACUUAGAGGUGCCAACUGAGUUAUGCUGUUGUGUUUUAACAGAGAAAUAUGUUGUGUGUUUUUGACAGCUUGUAAUAUGUUGUUGUUGAAGGCAAAGUUUGUGUCAAAAAUGCAGGGGAAGUGUUUGUGUGUGGCCCCUUUUUUUAUCCCUCACAAGAAUUGUUUCCCAUCCUUGUCCGGGAUAAUGUUAUCCGGGAUAAGAACAAUCCCUGUGUUUUUUCCCUUGGAAGUGCCAAAAUGAAGGGCCGAAAGACAUUUAUCUUU